AUGGACAGCUACAUGUUUCGGAAACAUGUCAGCCGUCACAGUGUCAUCUUUGAAGAAACUCAAUAUCUGGAUAUAUCAUGCUAUUCAGACCCUGCUCUUGAUACAAUAGAGCAAUGUCCAUUGAAAAUGGAUCAAUUUGAUGAUUUCAUUCAUCAACGGGAAACUUUCGAACCACCUCCACUACCAGCAGGGGCUACUCAAUUAUCGGGCGUACGAUUAGUCCUUCAACAGAAUGCCAAGCAUCCGGAUACAAUGGGAGGGAAUACUAUAAGUCUCCGGCAUGAAGAUUAUGUGACCAUGGUCGAAUCGUGGAAAUUGCCACUUAGAGCUAUUGAAUGCUCCAAUGCUCUUAGCGUGCUGUUUUGGUCCUCUGUAGAAGAUACUGGAGGAAACCCACAUUUAAAAAUAAUUUUCCGGAAGGGGGACGUACGAAAGAAGGGGGUCACUCGAGGUUGGGAGCUGAUCUUAAGCCACGAGAUAAAAGCUGGCAUCACACGAGGCUUCUGCAAAGGAACUGCAACGACUGAGAUCUUCGAGAGUUUACGAGCGUUAAGAGCAUGCAUUUCGGAGACUUCACAUCCGAUGCUUCUCCCGUUUUUAAUUCUAAGUGAGAAAAUAUCCUACGGGACAGAGUUGAAGCAAAAGCGUACUAGAGACUGGCUACGCAUGCUGGAACUGGCGGUUGCGGAUCACACAGGACACAGCAGAACUCCAGUAACAGGUCAAACACUGCCACUUGACUUAAUCAGCAUAAAUAUCAACAGGUGCUAUGCCGAAACACUGUGGGCCUCCCCUUUAGCUUACAUCCGCGCCAUAGAGUCUUUUCUGGAGACCAUGGAUUUAUUCAAGCAAUAUAUCCCUUUAACCGGAUUAAAGCAGUUCAAACUCCAGGAAAUACAUGACAAACUUAUUCCGGUAUUAAACCUCUACAAGGUCAAACAACAGGGGGUAGAGAUUUAUGCGAACACAACCCUCAAGAGACUGGAGAAUGAAAGAAGUCUUUCCACAAUUGUGCUCGCUCAACGCGACAGCAAGCUGCAGUACGACAUGGGCAAGCUACAGUACGAAAUGGCUCUAGCCAGCAAAAGGGACUCUUCUGCCAUGAAGACUAUCGCUAUACUAGGUAUUUUAUUUCUCCCUGGGACAUUUGUUGCUUCAAUACUAUCCACCACUUUUUUUGAUUUCCAGAAUGCAUCUAGUCUUCGUGCAGCAGUUUCUCCAAGCUUUUGGAUUUACUGGGUUAUCACAGUUCCGGUCACGCUGAUCAUUCUGGGAUUGUGGUAUUUGUGGGAGAGAAAGCGAGAUGGAAGGUUUGUGAGGGAGAGGAACCAAAGAGAAGAAACCGAAGACCUUGCUUCGGAGAUUGAUUCAGAAGAUUAUAACUUGGUGUCGUUGCAGAGAGCGAGACCGUUGGCAGACUAUGAGUAA